GCCUGCGCGGCGAUCGUCUUCGACUGGCCUCGGGUAUGAUCCCAGAAACGUCCUCUUGGUAAAUCUUGGUCAGCAGCAGGAGCAGCGGGUGAGCACGUUGCCUGCCCUCGUUUGGCGGCCGCGGGCCUAUGGGCCUAUGGGCCCUUGGACACCCCCCCCCGGUCGUGUCGAUCUCAUAGAAAAUCCCACGCGUCCGGACGCGGAAACGGCUGACCCAGCCAUGACGGGCGAUGAUGUCGUUGCAGCCGGCACCUGGUCGCCGAACUUCAGGAGACCAUGUUCGUGGACAUCCGACACAUGAGGCGGCUUGUCUACCGCUGCCUCGGAUACGAUACACGUCGACGAUGGUCAGGCAACGGGGUCUCGGGGCUGCGAUGACAUAUGGGAGUGCCACCGUCUACAUCACCAACUACGUAUGCGUUCUCGGUUUACCCUCACGUCAAAACACCCCCGCGAACGCUUGGCUCUUGCGGAGGACAUGCCAUCCGGAAACCCCUUCGCUGUCAAGCCUCCCCCCCCCGGAACUCUAAUGUCACAACGAUGGCGGCCAGCCGCCUCUGCAACUUGCAACGUCCCGUGUGCACGCUGCUUGGCGCAUGCAUGACUGACCUGAAGCACGAGCGGUGUCACGGACGAGCCAGCCGACUGAUGUGCGCGUUUGGUACCGGGACGGGCUGUGCUUCAGGGCAUCGGCCAUCAAUGCUAGACACAUUUCCUUCAUCCGGAUUAUCGGCCCUCUCUCUCCCUCUCUCUCACUUACAUAUCUCUUACAUAUCUCUCUCUUACACAAAAAUACAUACUCUGCUUUGGUAUUGCUGCCGAUCAUCCACAGUCAUCCACCGGGUGACGAGUGUACAUGACUUGUGUUAG